CAGUCGUCAGCAGCGUCAGCAGCAGCAGCAACAGCAGCAGCAGAAGAAGAAUGUCUUUGUCAAGCGGUUGGUGGAUUUUGUGCGCAGCUUCGCUCUCCUGCGUCGCCCGUUUUGGGUCUUGCCAAAGACAAAGACAAGAUGGAGCGCAACCCGAGCUCUUCAUCUUCAACGAGUUGUGCGCCUUAAAGGACGACCCGGGGCCUUGCAAGGCCAUAAAGGACAGGUUCUUCUUCAACGUCGACUCGGGACACUGCGAGCUGUUCGAGUACGGAGGCUGCGGGGGAAACGCUAACAACUUUGAGACUUUGGAAGCGUGUGAGGAGAUGUGUGUCGUUUCAGAUGACAAGAACCCGUGUCAUCUAGCAGAGGCUCCUGGUCCCUGUCGAGGGCUGGUGAAGCGCUACCUCUUUGACAGCAGGAGUCAGCAGUGCCAGCCUUUCUUUUAUGGCGGCUGCUUUGGAAACGCCAACAACUUCAGGAGCAUGGCGGAGUGCCAGGCCAAAUGUCAGAACCCAGUGUCCGUCACCACUGAGGCCCCAGAUCUCCUCACACAGCCUGUUAGAGGAGCUUCUGUCCAGCCAACCAUCACUGGGGAACUCGUUGUAAUCCAGCCUCUCAUGCAACAAAUGAAUAACACCCAUCAAGCGACUGGAGUUUCAGAGUUGAAGCCUAAAGGAGAGUGCUUCAGUGUCGUGGACAGAGGAACGUGUCACGGUGCGGACAAGAGGUUCGCGUACAACCCUGUGACCAAGCGGUGCCAGAUGUUUCACUACAGUGGAUGCGGGGGAAACGAGAAUAACUUCACAUCCCGGAAGCACUGCAUCAGAAAGUGCAUCAGGAGGAGGAAGGCUCAUGGGAAAAUGAUGAUCCGAAUAAGGCGGAAAAACAUCGGCAACAUUGUCCACCGCUCCUUCUGAACACAGAUCCCUGCACUGUACUGUGGAGUCACUGUAUUUAUGUCCAUAUUUUAUUUCCAGCUUUACUUAUGUGUGUGUGUGUGUGUGUGUGUUGUGGUUUUUUUUACAGUGCAACUGUAUCGUGUGUGUGUGUGGAAUUACUUUAAUUACUCUGUAGUGACUAAAUCAUAAGCCACACCGUUUCAAUAUCCCACUGACAAAAAACAUAAUUAUGUUUUGCUGAUUGUCUCAUGUUAUAGCAGCUCUCCACACGCAUGUUUUGCAUAUCUACCAUUUACUAUUUUGUACAAAUAUCUUAUGUCUAUAUUCAUUUUUACAGUUGCACAGCUGACUUUUAAGAAAAAAAAUACCAACGUUAAACGAUGAUUUUUGUUCUGCCGCAGUGGUUUUUGUUUAAACGCCACGAUUGUUCAUCAGCGUGAGAGGGGCAGCAUGAGCAGAUUAAAGUGGUGGAUUGGUUCUUGUUGUGGAAUCAAUGACAACAGCGGCGAGUUGCUCUCAAACAAACACAUCUAUCAAGAGGCAUCGUGUCCUCGCGUCUGUUAAUCAAUGCGAACAAGGUAACGACCACUUUAGUUGUGCCAAAUUACGACUAAUUGGGCGUGAUGGACUUUCCGCGUUUGCCUUUGAACUCAAUAUGUGCAGCUUUAUAUAAUACAUCAUUGCCAUUAUGUUUAUGGUGUUGUUGUGGAGGAGGACAAACAGAAGGGGACAGUGUUGUCUAAGGUCUAAUUUUCAGCACAGGCUCGUCUGGGAGUGUAUUUGCUUUUUUGUCUCGUUUUUACGACUGUAAAAGAACUACAUUUGUCAGAUUGUAUACAAUAAAGUUUCAUUGUAUUCCCCUCA